AUGAAUAACCUCUCUGUGAUUUUUCUGUCAGGUCUGAACGAAACGAGGGUUCACAGACCCACUCUUUUUGUUCUCAGUCUACUUUGUUACUGCUUGAUUCUUCUGGUGAAUGUCUCUCUUGUCAUCAUUAUCAUCUUGGAUAAGAGCCUCCAUGAACCCAUGUACAUUCUGCUGUGUGCUUUUUGCAUAAAUGGGCUUUAUGGGACCACAGGUUUCUACCCUAAAUUUCUGUGGGAUUUGUUGUCACCUGUUCAUAUGAUAUCUUACUAUGGAUGCUUGAUUCAGGUUCAGGUCAUGUACUCCUUUGCUUGCAGUGAUCUGUCCAUUCUCUCAGUGAUGGCGUAUGACAGAUACGUGGCCAUAUGCCGCCCGCUGGAGUACCGCUCUCUUGUGUCAAAGCAGAAAGUUCUUGUGUUGGUGGGGUUUUCUUGGUUUACACCCUUUUGUAUUGUGGCUGUAAAUACUUGUCUGACCUCCAGCAUUAAGUUGUGCAGUCGUCAUCUGUCCAGACUCUUCUGUGUGAACUGGAGUAUUGUCAGGCUUGCUUGUCCACAGGAAGAAAUGACAGCAAACAACGUAGUUGCUAAUAUAACAAUAAUUAUCUAUGUAUGUCAUGGUUUAUUUAUUGUCUGGUCUUAUAUGUAUCUUGUUAAAACUUGCAUGAAUUCCAUUGAAAACAGGGCAAAAUUUAUGCAGACCUGUGUACCUCACCUUGUCUCCCUCAUCACCUUUAUGGUGACCAUUCUUACGGACGUUAUCAGUUUGAGACUCGGUUUUGAUGGCAUGCCUCAAACUUUGCAAAAUUUGAUAGCAAUAGAGUUUCUGCUCAUACCACCUAUAAUGAACCCUCUCAUUUACGGCUUUAAGCUGACCAAAAUAAGGUACAAAAUUAUUAAAUUACUCACUUUUAGGGUUAAAUAAUGUUUACAAACACAGUGUUAAUCUUUAAAUUUGAUGUAUGCCACAUUUGGGUUUCAGUUUUAUAAAUAGGGAAAAAAAGUCAGUAUUUUGUACUUAGUUUUGUAAGUUAAGUAGCCCCAUAGUCUCUGCAAAAUGAUUAGA